UUAUGACAAAGAAAGUGCCAACUGACUUGGACGCUAUCGUGGUGGGCAGUGGGAUUGGAGGGCUGUGUACCGCCGCACUCCUGGCCAAGACGGGAAAGAAAGUCCUUGUACUGGAACAGCAUGAUCAAGCCGGGGGCUGCUGUCACACUUAUGUGGACAAGGGCUUUGAGUUCGACGUUGGUAUCCACUACACGGGUAAACAGAACAGUGUUCGGACAUGGCCGCAGGUCCUGCAGGGCGGGACGGUGAACCAGGCACUGAUACAGCAGAUCACCGAGGGUCAGCUGCAGUGGACCGAGCUGGACAAGAGCUUCGACAUCGUCACCAUCCAACAUGACGAGAAGAAAAUUAGAGGUGCCAAUCAAGUCCAGCAGGUCAGAGCAUCACAAAACCCUGCUGGAACACUUCCCUACAGAAGGAAAGGCUAUCGAUGAGUUCUUCGACUAUGUGACGUUUACACAGGAACCCUGAGUGGCUUCAUCCUGAUGAAGACCCUUCCACUCUGGCUGGUUAAGCUGUUCAUCAGGACAGGGCUCUUCAGCAGGCUGACGAGUUUCUUCCACUACAUGUCACGGAGCACCAGGGAGGUCAUGGACAGUUUCACAGACAACAAAGACCUUAAGGCGGUUUUGUCUUACAACUACGGAGACUUCGGUAGGGGCUUCCAGACUUUUUUUACCUCUGUGUAUGGGGGGUUGUUUUCGGUGUGUUUGUCUGUUUGCUUGUGUGUCCAUAGUUAUUUGAAUACAUUAGAGUCCCAGGAAAAGAGGGCGGAAAUGGCAUAACCGCGGACUGAAAGAAAGGUGGAAAUGGUCUCCCCACGGGCUGGGAGGAAUUAAGUGGAGAAACUAAGACACUUGAGGAUUGCAUGUAGGCAACAAUUGAUUACGCACAGAACUUAGUAAGAAAUUCAGAAUAAUGAAAUUUGAUAAAGGAUACUUCGCGGAGGUUUGAAAUCUCCAAUUUCUUGUUUCUAGUUUGACAUUGUUGUAGUUUGACAUGGAUCAAACCUAUGCAUGAUUACAGAAAAUAUGAAAUGCAAGUUCUGAUAGCCAAACUUUCCAGUUUAAGUUCAGUAUUGCAUAUUUAUUGUCAAAUCAGAACUUCAACUCUAAGACUGUAUAGACACUGUAAUCCAUCAAGUGUGAUGUUUGCAUAGUUGAAGUGUUAUUAGUAUUGGAGGCAAUAACAAUAACAGUCUCCCUGUUGGAAGUGGAUGGCUGAAUUUUCUUAGGAAGUUCUACCUAGUGUGUUUACUUGUUGUGAUGGUUACUGAGUUACAUUUUGUAGUACUGUGAUGGUAUAUCAUGUCAACUGGGUUAGUGGAAAAAACAGUCCAGUCCAGCAGAAUAACUGGUCCAUCCAGGUAAUUGGUUGGUACUUCAUCUACUUGGUAGCAAGUGGGAUGUAAUACUGUCAACAAUAUUUGUGAUCUUUUGUAUCUAAAUUGAUAUCUAAGAUAACUAUUACUAGUUCCCACUGUCAUUCAUGAAGCGUGACCAAUGUAGAUGCUUCUGAACAGUGGUGAUAUAAUUUGCCAGGUUGUAGUUUAUUUGUGACCCCUCAACCACACUUGUAGUACAUGUAGUUAGCAUAUCAUGGCAUACUGAG